AUGCCUCACAACCAGCAAGAUCAACACAUACAAGACGAGGUACUUCGGCAUAGUCUUGAGAACCCUGAAGACUUCUGGAGACACCAAGCCGAGCAUCUUCACUGGCAUAAAUCAUACUCUUCAACCAUCCAGCUCACUCAGAAAACUCUCAAGAGCGGUGUUACACAUGAUAGCUGGGAGUGGUUUCCAGACGGCGAAAUAUCUACUUGUUACAAUUGCGUUGAUCGACAUGUACUUGAUGGGCAUGGCGAUUCCAUCGCUAUCUACUUUGACAGUCCUGUGACAAACACAAAGGCAAAGUAUACAUACAGUCAGCUUCUUGGCGAGGUUGAGACUCUUGCUGGUGCUCUCAGAGAGCAAGGGAUACAGAAGGGCGAUGUAGUCCUGCUGUAUAUGCCUACGAUUCCCGCUGCCGUGAUAGUGUUUGGUGGUUUUGCCCCUAAUGCUCUGGCGCAACGUAUCGAUUCAUGCCGUCCUGUGGCUGUUCUGACGGCUUCUUGUGGUAUCGAUGGCAACAAACCUCCAAUUGCAUAUAAAGGCUUGGUAGAGGAAGCGAUCCGGUUGGCUGGUCAUAAACCCCAUAAUGUUAUUGUCUGGCAAAGGGAUCAGCUCUAUUGGAAUCUUGACCACGAGACUGGUCAGCUCGACUGGAACACAUUAGUCGACAGUGCCCGAUCUCGAGGAAUCAAGGCGGACUGUGUGCCAGUCAAGAGCACCGACCCUGUUUAUAUCAUCCACACUUCAGGCACCACUGGAACCCCAAAGGGUGUCCUCCGCGACGCUGGUGGUCACGCUGUCGGUCUGCACCUGUCCAUAAGUUAUCUGUUUAAUAUUCACGGACCUGGGUGUGUUUCUUUUACGGCAUCGGAUAUUGGCUGGAUCGUCGGUCACUCAUACAUCAUCUACGGCCCACUCCUCACGGGAGCUGCCACUGUCUUGUACGAGGGCAAACCCGUCGGUACCCCUGAUGCAUCGUCAUUCUGGCGAAUAGUUGAAGAGUAUAAAGUCAACACCAUGUUUACAGCGCCAACAGCUCUACGUGCAAUCAGGCGCGAUGACCCCAAUAACCAAUCCUUCAUCGAUUACGGCAAACGGGGUGCUCUCAAGAGUUUGCGAGCUCUCUUCCUCGCUGGAGAGCGCUCCGAACCUACUCUUAUCGACAGUUAUCAGCAGCUCCUGACUCAAUAUUGCGCUGAAAAUGCAGACGUAGUUGAUAAUUGGUGGUCUACAGAAGUUGGUUCCCCCAUCACUGGGCGAGCGCUCGUUCCGCACGCUGGCAAGCAUCGCAAGACGGAAGUUCGUGGACACCCCCCUCCUUGCCUGAAGGCUGGUAGUGCUGGGAAAGCGAUGCCAGGCUUUGACGUUCGUAUCGUGGAUGAUGAGGGCAAUGAGGUUGAGAGGGGAUCCAUGGGAAAUAUUGUCUUGGCAAUGCCUCUCGCUCCGACAGGAUUUCGUACUCUGUGGCAGGAUGAAGAACGCUUUUGGAAAGGUUACUUGAAAAGAUUCGAGGGAAAGUGGCUUGAUACGGGUGAUUCGGGCUGGAUCGACCAGCAAGGUUAUAUACAUGUGAUGGCACGCAGCGACGAUGUUUUAAAUGUCAGCGCGCAUCGUCUAUCAAGUGGAUCUAUUGAGCAGGCCAUUGCAGCCCAUCCUCGUGUCGUUGAAGUUUGUAUUGUCGGCGUACCGGAUUCACUCAAGGGUCAGCUUCCUUUCGCCUUCGUAGCACUUUCGGGACAAGGCUGUGCAGAUCCAGCAGUGCCGAGUGAAUUAUUCGUCAAGGAAAUACAGCAGUUAGUCCGUGGUCAGGUGGGUGCUAUAGCCUCAUUAGGCGGCAUCAUCCAGGGCAAAGGAAUGAUCCCCAAAACAAGGUCUGGCAAAAUGCUACGACGGGUACUCAAGGAGAUGGCGGAGAAUGCCAUUCGUGGUGACUUCGAAAAGGAAGUUGCCGUUCCUAGCACGAUUGAGGAUGUGUCGACAUUGACUGUUGCUCGUGCCAGGAUCAGGGAGUACUUUGAACAAGCAGAAACCGAGACGGGUGGCAUGGUGAAGGCUCGCCUCUAGAGCAGGUGUAAUAUGAGCGAACUUUCUGAACAUAGCGGAUGUUCCUGGUAAAUAUGAGUGGCGUGAUAUUGGUGGAAGAUACCGUGACUUGGUUUCUUCAUCCAGCGCC